AUGCCUAGAUCACGGACAAAUGGAAAUUUUAUUGAUAAGACCUUUUCAAUUGUAGCCGAUAUCUUAUUACGAGUAAUUCCGACAACUUCAGGAGAAAAAGAGGCAUUUACCUAUUACAGAGAUGGUCGGAUGUCGGCUCAAUCCGAAGGAAAUUACGCGGAAGCUUUGCAGAAUUAUUAUGAAGCUAUGCGACUAGAAAUUGAUCCCUAUGAUCGAAGUUAUAUACUCUAUAAUAUAGGGCUUAUCCACACAAGUAAUGGAGAACAUACGAAAGCUUUGGAAUAUUAUUUUCGAGCACUAGAACGAAACCCAUUCUUACCACAAGCUUUUAAUAAUAUGGCCGUGAUCUGUCAUUACCGGGGAGAACAGGCCAUUCAACAGGGAGAUUCUGAAAUUGCAGAGGCUUGGUUCGAUCAAGCCGCUGAGUAUUGGAAACAGGCUAUAGCGCUUACUCCCGGUAAUUAUAUUGAAGCGCAUAAUUGGUUGAAGAUCACGAGACGUUUCGAAUAA